AUGUAUCUUUUUCUCUCCAUGCUGGCUGUUAGUGACCUAGAACUCUGUGCUGCCACUCUGUCCACACUACUCAAGCUUUUCUGGUUCAAUGCCUGUGAAAUAGACUUUGAUGCCUGCCCAAUUCAGAUGUUCUUCAUCCAUGUUUUCCUCCUAAUGGAGUCAGGCAUUCUGCUCACCAUGUCUUUUGACUGCUAUAUGGCCAUCUCCGAUCCACUCAGGUAUACUACUAUUUUGACUAAUUCUACCAUUGCCAAGAUAGGUGUGGGCCUUUUGCUACUGGCUGUGGCUAUCAUCUUCCCAGGACCCUUUCUCAUUAAGCAACUGAGGUUUUACUUUGGCCACAUCUCUAUAACAACAUCCAACUGUACAUCCACACAUCUCACUGCCUUUCUGCUGACUGGUAUCCCAGGCUUAGAAGACUUCCAAAUCUGGAUCUCCAUCCCUUUCAGCUUCAUGUACCUUUUGGCUGUGAUAGGCAAUGGCCUGGUUGUGGCGGUGGUAGCCUGGGACAGAAGCCUCCAUGAACCCAUAUAUGUCUUCCUGGGGAUGCUGGCAUUCAACGACGUCCUCCUUUGUACUGUCACAGUACCCAAAAUGCUUCUCAUCUUCUGGCAGGGCUCUUCCCUGUCCACCUUUCCUGCCUGCCUCACACAGAUGUUUUUUGUUCACGCUCUCUUCCUCUCUGAAUCUGCUGUUCUACUGGCCAUGGCUUUUGAUCGCUAUGUGGCUAUCUGUUCACCUCUCCAUUAUGCAACCCUACUUACAGGCUCUCUCAUUAGCAAGGUGGGCCUGGCUCUGGUGGCUCGAAGUGUGGCUGUGGUCACCCCAGGUGUCCUCCUCAUUCUCCGGCUACACUUCUGCCAGAGCAAUAUCAUCCACCAUACCUACUGUGAGAACAUGGGCAUCGCCAAGUUGGCCUGCAAUAGCAUUGCCCUUAAUAGCAUUUAUGGGCUCACUGCUGCUCUCCUCACCACAGGGCUGGACUUUGUCCUCAUCUCCCUGUCCUACUGGCUAAUUCUGAGAACAGUCUUCCGACUACCUUCUAGGGAAGCCCGGACAAAGGCCUUUGGAACCUGUGGAGCUCAUAUAUGUGUCAUCUUAAUAUUCUAUACUCUGGCCUUCUUUUCUUUCUUUACCCAUCGCUUUGGAAAGCAUGUGCCCAGGCAUGCCCUUAUCCUCCUGGCAAACCUCUACUUACUGGUGCCACCUACCAUGAAUCCCAUUGUUUAUGGAGUGAAGACAAAAGAGAUAAAGAUGAGAGUACUAGGACUCUGUAGCCAAACAAAAUGA